AAAAAAUCAAGGUUUAACAUUUAAACGAAGGCAAAACAUUGCCCAAAGUUGGUGUAUUUUGAGAGAAGCUAAGGGAGAGAGAAUACGAAAAAAGAGGAAGGAAUCAAGAAAUGGAUGGCGAAAUCAACAACUUCAUCAAGGUAUGGAUCCUAACCAACACCUCUCUAUGUUAUUGUUACUACAUAGCAGCCAAAAUCCCAAAGGGCAUCAUCAGGCUCAUCUCUCUCCUCCCCAUCUUCUACAUCUUCAUCAUCCUCCCCUUGAAUCUCCACUCAUUCCAUCUCUGUGGGCCCACAACUUUCUUUCUGGUUUGGCUUGGCAUCUUCAAGCUCCUCCUCUUCUCCUUUAACCUUGGCCCUUUAUCCCCAACCCCACCAACACUUGUUCAAUUCAUCUCCAUAGCUUGCCUUCCCAUCAAAAUCAAACAAAACCCACCUCAAAAAUCACCCCAAAACACAGAUCAAAACCCUCUAACCCCUCAAAAUAACAAAAACCCAUCUCACCAAACCACCCCAAAACCCAAGAAAUCUGUGAACCCAAUUGAUCAAACCCUCACAAAUGUGCCCAAUAAGUCAAUUUUGCUGGCCAUAAAAGCCUUGCUUUUGGCUUUGGUCAUUAGGACAUAUGAAUAUAGACCACAUUUACACCCAUACAUAAUCUUGGCUCUGUACUGCUGCCACAUGUACCUUGGCAUAGAACUUGUGCUGGCCUUGAGCGCCGUCCCAGCUCGAGCCAUACUUGGAUUUGAGCUCGAGCCGCAGUUCACAGAGCCCUACCUUUCCACUUCGCUUCAAGACUUUUGGGGCCGCAGGUGGAACCUCAUGGUCACCAACAUCCUACGCCCCGUCGCCUACGACCCCGUACGCCGUAUAUCUAUGCGUAUACUUGGGCCUCGGUGGGCCCGGUUCUUGGCUGUGAUGUCCACUUUUGCGGUCUCAGGUUUAAUGCACGAGGCGAUAUACUAUUAUCUCACACGUGUGUCUCCCACGUGGGAAGUGACGUGGUUCUUCGUUCUACAUGGCGUUUGCGUGGCAGUUGAGGUGGAGGUGAAGAAGGCUGCAGCUGAUAGGUGGCGGUUGCACCCGGUGGUUUCGGGGCCAUUGACGAUAGUGUUUUUGGCCGUGACGGGCAAUUGGCUGUUCUUCCCUCAGCUGCUGAGAAAUGGUGUGGAUUUGAAGGCUAUACAUGAGUAUGGGAUUAUGGUAGAUUUUGUCAAGGCUCAUCUGCCCUUGCGCAUUGUUGGUGCAAAAGAUAGUUGAUUGAUACACACUUUAUGUGUAGGUGCUCAUUUUUAUGCCAAAAA